GGUACCAGAAUCCAGAAGGGAUCCUCAAGUAAGAGAAGAAUCGUUUCAAAGAAGAAGAUAGAGGCCAGGGGCUGUGGAGAGAGAGCUGUCAUGGAGGCCAUGAACUGAUUUAUCCCGGAAGAUUUGGUGAAGGAAGUGAGGAAGGAGAUGAGACAGAGGAUCUGAUCUGAAUUUUGUUUUUUGGCUGGGUUACUGUAGACGAUCCCAAUUCAAAUCCCUUUGCAGCAGAAACAACAAAAGAGAGCACAGGUUCCAUGGCAGCAACGAACAGAAAUAUACCAGAAGAUCUGGUGAUGGACAUCCUCGCUUGCGUUCCGGUGAAGUCACUACUGCGAUUCAGGUGCGUUUCAAAACCUUGGUGUGAUCUUAUCGGAAACCCUGAUUUUAUCACCAAGCAGUACCUCAAACAAACUAUUAUGAACAAAAGUAAGGGCAAUGUCUUUGUGACGCAUUCUAACAUCAGUGAAUCAUUGAACUGUGAAACCAUGAUCUCGAGUCUGAAAAUUGAUGAGAAAGAUAGGCUCACCGUUAGGGAAACCAUGAUCAUACCAUCUCAUGAAAGAUUCUGCUUAUACUUGUUAAUCUGUGGGCCUCGUAAUGGAAUAAUUUGUCUGUAUGUUAUGGAGCCUGACGCAGAUGAUCUUGCACUCUGGAAUCCAGCAACAAGAGAAUUCAAGACUAUACCUUCAUCCAAAUUGGAGCCACCUGAUACUGAUAGACAUGAAACUGUGUUUGGAAAUAUUGGGUUUGGUUUUGAUCACAGAACUAAUGAUUACAAUGUUGUAAGAUUUGUUACUUAUACUUACAAUGGGUACAAUGGUACAGUGGAACAAGUUGAGUUAUUUUCUCUUAACAGUAAUUCUUGGAGAGUGCUUCCUGCUGUUGAUGUUAGUCCAUGGUUUAACACUUGCAAUACAUACAAGGAUGGAGUUUAUUAUUGGUGGGCUGGGAAACGAAGUGAUGGUUCUCAAUGGAUACUGUCCUUCGACAUGGCAGACAAAGUGUUUGAGAAAGUGCCUCUGCCUUCGGAAUUUGGGAUUGUUCGACAAUCUGUAUUUUCGUUCUUCGAUGGAAAACUCUCUCUGGUUCUUUACUCUGACGACGACAAUGAUAUGGGGAAAUGCUUUGAUGUAUGGGUGAUGACUAAACAUGGAGUAAAAGAGUCUUGGGUCAAACAAAUGCGUAUUGGACCGAUUUUGGGAAUUGAGAAGCCCUUAGAAUAUUGGAAGAAUGGCGGAUUGUUUUUGGAAGAUGACGAAGGGUUUUUAGUCUUGUAUGAUGCUUGUACCAGAGAGGUCAAGAAGCUUCAAAUUUGUGGGGAAGAAUAUAGGAGUACUUUGCAAGUUAUGAACUACGAGGAGAGUCUCGUUCCAAUCAAUGGUGUACAAAUACAACAACAAUAUCGAACUUGAAGAUUCAAGGGAGGAAGAGCUCGCUUCUCGUAAAAAAGAAAUUAUAAUCUUCAGUGAUUAAUCGUCUGUACAACUUUGCGCUCAAUAGGGUGGACUAUAUGGCCGUCUGGAAUCUGGCCCGGCCACACAAGAGUUCAAGCAUCUACAUUCGUCCCACUUGGAACCACCUGAUUUAAUUGGAAUAUUAUUUGGAGAAUUUGUGAUCGAAACUACUUGGAAUAUCAUUUGGAGAAUUUGGGUUCGGUUUCGAUCGCAGAAGUAAUGACUACAAGGUGUUAAACGUUCAUUCGUUAUAUUUGCCUUCAUGAUGCAAUUGAACAAGCUGAGCUAUACUUCACGAGUGAUUCUUGGGGAUUGAUCCCUCUAAUGGAUAUGCACUUUGUUCCAUGGUUAGUUAUCUACAAGGACGGAAUUUGUUAUUGAUUUGCUGGGAAACGUAGUGAUGGUUUUCAAUGGAUUUGUCUCCAUUGAUAUGGUAGAUGAAGUGUUUGAAAGAGUGGCUUUGCCCAUUCGUUUUGGGUGAUGAUGAUCCUUUACUAGAAUGUGGGAAUGCUAUUAUUCAAUGAGCUUGUUUUGAUUUGUUUUUGUAAUCUUUAUGGUUCUUGGUUGGUUGAUUGUUUUAAAUAUGUUUUAUGAUGUCUAGAAAAUAAAGGGUGUUUUGUUUUGUACUA